UUCCACGCGUUCACCACACCAAACACACUUCUCUAUCAAGUCGUCUCUUUCACAAGUCAGAUCAUCAAAUUCGGCACCACGAUCCAUCGCUUUCUUCUUCAUUCAUCCUCCCACUUUUCCCGGAAAAUAAAAAGAAAAAAAAAAGCUCGAGAAAAUGCAUGAUUUCUGCUUUACAAUCCCGUACGGGCUACUCCUAAUCGGCGGUGGGUUCAUCGGGUACAUGAAGAAAGGAAGCAUCACAUCAUUCGCCGGAGGUGCAGGCACUGGUCUAUUACUCAUCCUCGCUGGAUAUCUCAGUCUCAAUGCUUUCCAUAAGAAGAAGACUUCCUCCAUCGCUGUUGUUCUUCAGACAGUCAUUGCAGCUGCUCUGACACUAGUCAUGGGACAGCGUUACUUGCUCACUCAGAAGAUUAUGCCUGCUGGUUUAGUUACUGUGAUCAGUGCUCUCAUGACCUGUUUUUACGUAUACAAGAUCGCUACUGGUGGCAAUAAAAUCCCAUUAAAAGCUGCAGAGUGAUGAUGCAACUCUGUUGGAUGAAGACGAUACUCUCCUUUGUUUGAAUUUGUCGAUUAGAAAUCUCUUGUGUGUCUCUGAGAUUAGUUUGUAUGGUUAAAGAACUUUCAUAUGGUCUUGUGUUGUGUGUUUCAGAGAUUAGUUUCAUUUGGUCUUGUGUGUCUCUGACUCUGAGAAUAGAAAUCAUGUUUCUGUUAACCACAAACGUUUUGGAGCCACAUUAAUAUGAAGAUAUAUCCAUGUUUCUGUUAUGA